AAGAGUAUACGAUUGCCGUCGAGUUAUACCGGAAUACAGCUACUGUACAUUCACCAUCACCAUCAUCUAAUGGGCCGAGUUACCGGCGGCGAAAUGCCUCCGUCUAAGGAAUUAGCUAAACAUCCGACUUCCUCCAAACGCAAAACUCGCCGUUAUAAUGGCGACCGCCGCGAGAAACGGAAGAAGCGGAGAGUAACAGCACUGCAAACUGAGGCUCAUAGCGAAACCCUAAGCCUAGAAGACAAUUCAAAUCGCACUUUGACGUCUCAUAUGCAUGCGUGCGCACAUGCCAAUUAUCACAGGAGCGGAGAGUAUAGGGGGAAACGAAAGAGGCAAAGGCCGGCUAAUACUGUGGAUCGGCGCAAGUGGGUGUACUCACCUCGGGACGUUUCACAUUGUAAAGAUGGCUUUGUAUUUGUGUCGUAUAAUCUAUUGGCAGUCGAAAAUGCGAAAAAGCAUCCUGAUUUGUACCCUAAUGUCUCGCCAGAGUUAAUGGAUUGGGAUUACCGGAAGCAAAUCUUAUGCAAGGAAGUCCGGGGAUAUAAUCCAGGCAUUAUGUGUUUCCAGGAGGUUGAUCGGUAUGAUGAUUUAGAUAAUCUCCUUCAGAAAGAUGGGUUCAGAGGAGUGUACCAGCCUCGUACAGGGGAUUCAUGUGAUGGUUGUGCAAUAUUUUGGAAGAACGAGCUAUUUACCCUUUUGCACAAAGAAAGCAUAGAGUUCCAAAGGUUUGGUCUACGCAAUAACGUUGCCCAGUUUUGUGUUUUCAAGAGAAAAAGGAAAGAGUGUAGUAACGAUUCAAAUGCUUUGACAUCAGAGGACAUAUCCUCUCAAAGAUUUCUGGUAGGGAACAUCCAUGUACUCUUCAAUCCAAAACGUGGAGACAUUAAGUUGGGUCAGAUUCGUUUACUUAUUGAGAAUGCCCAAAGACUUUCACGGGAAUGGGGUAAUAUACCAAUUGUACUUGCAGGAGACCUAAAUAGUAUGCCAAAGAGUGCAGUUUAUCAGUUUUUGACAUCAUCUAAGUUGGACAUCCGCAUGCAUGACCGAAGGCAUAUCUCUGGGCAGAUUGAUCCAUCUGUAGAACCAACCUAUCGAUUUAAGAGUGUACAUGCAGCGAGGGUUAGAAAGCCAUUUAUGCAUAGAUGGACUGAUGAGGAGCUUAGGCUUGCAACAGGAACAGUAUCUGUUCACCUGCUACAUCAAUUAAAGCUAUGCAGCGCCUAUGCUGGAGUUCCUGGAACCUCUAAGACGAGAGAUGACCUUGGAGAACCCUUGGCAACGUCAUUUCAUUCCCAGUUUCUGGGAACUGUUGAUUAUAUAUGGCAUACAGCUGAGCUUGUUCCUCUGAGGGUUCUUGAUCCCUUGCCUGUCAACAUUUUAAGAAGGACCAGAGGGCUUCCAAGUGAGGAAUGGGGAAGUGAUCAUCUAGCUCUAGUUUGCGAACUAGCAUUUGCUGGUGAAGGUAAGGAGACGUGAAUUGCAUUUGUGGAGUCAGAGGAGACAAUCGGAGUCUUGCACCCACACUGCCCAGGAGCCCACAAGUUGCCAAUCAUGCCUACACCUAUCAGACAAUAACCACCUAAAGCUUUUCAAUGGUUAAAAUUGAAGUCAUUAAAAGUUAAGAAUAGAAGGACCAUGUAUAAAGUAGUUCAACAACAAAUGUUGCAUGUGAAGUAGUUUCUCAAAUUUUAUAAAUUAUAUUUGCAUAAUUGUCUGUUAUGAAUGCUUUUCAGUUUUCUAGUGACAUCCGAUUGCACUCCCAUGGAAAGGGAGUGGGUUUGA